AUGGUGCACCUCCGUUCUCUCCUCUCCCUGGCGGCACUCGCCCUGCCCCUCGUAACCGCCGCCUCAGACGUGAUCAACCUGAUUCCUUCAAACUUCGACAGCGUGGUCUUCGAGUCCAAUAAGCCCGCUCUCGUCGAAUUCUUCGCCCCCUGGUGCGGUCACUGCAAGAACCUCGCUCCGGUAUAUGAAGAGCUGGCCACCGCGUUCGCCUCGUCCGGUAACAAAGUGACCAUCGCCAACGUCGACGCGGACAAGCACAAAGAUUUAGGCAAGAGAUUCGGUGUCCAGGGCUUUCCGACUCUGAAGUGGUUCGACGGUAAACCUGGCAGUCAGCCUGAGGAUUACAAUGGCGGUCGCGACCUGGAGUCCUUGACCAAGUUCGUCGCCGAGAAGAGCGGUACCAAAGCCAAAGGCCCCAAGAAGGCGCCCAGCCAUGUGGAGAUGUUGACAGACCAGACCUUCAAGACUGAAAUUGGUGGUGACAAAGAUGUUCUUGUGGCGUUUACGGCGCCCUGGUGUGGUCAUUGCAAAACCUUGGCCCCAACAUGGGAGAAAGUCGCCGCCGACUUUGCGUCCGAACCGUCGGUCUUAAUCGCCAAAAUCGACGCGGAAGCCGAGAAUUCCAAAGCCACAGCGCAGGCUCAAGGGGUCACGGGCUAUCCUACCAUCAAAUUCUUCCCUAAGGGCAGCACCGAGCCCGAAACAUACAGCGGCGGACGUAGCGAAGAGGCCCUCGUGGACUUUAUCAAUUCCAAGGCUGGAACGUACCGACUCCCUGGCGGUGGACUGAACAGCCAGGCGGGAACAAUCGAAGUGAUCGACAGUGUGCUUGCGAAGUACAUCACACAAGGUGGGAUCAAGGACAUCGAGAAGGCGACUGCCGAUAUCAAGAAGGCUACACAAGGUCUCAAGGAUAAGAGCGUGGAGUACUACCUUCGCGCCUUGUCUAAGCUCACAGGCAACCCCGAGUACGCGAUGAAAGAGCAGACACGGCUAGCCGGGUUGUUGAAGAAGGGUGGUCUCGCGCCGGAGAAGAUUGAUGAUUUGCAGAAACGCAGUAACAUUUUGGCCAAGUUUUUGGUUAAAGAUGAAGGGAAGAGCGAGUUGUAA